AUGUUCAAGCGCCUUUCGUCUACCAAAUCAACUAGAAAGAAUAUCAAGGGUGUGGUCAAUGAACCCCCCGUAAAGACUGAGCCAGUUGACGAGCCCAUUGCCGAGGAAAAGGAACCUGUCUCGGAAAUUCGUGCUGAGGAUGCUCCACGUCAAAGCGAUGCUAUCGAGACAAUGGACCAUGUAAUCUCAAAGGCAGAGAAGACUGCAUGCGCCAACGACACUGUACGCGGAGCCAUGCAGUAUGCCCUUGCCCAAGGCCGCGAGGGUGAUGCUAUCGAUCAAGUCUUUAGCACGGUCGAAGAUUUUACUUGUGCUCCAGAGAAUGAUUCGAUUGCGGCUGCCAGCAUUAAGAAGUGUGGAAUUACCAAAUUCAGUCAAGAAGAAAAGGUUGGAAUCUCUCUCCGCACUUCCAUCAGCACAGAUGGGUUAUACGUGAACUCGAUCUCUGCUGGAUCCAAAUUUGAGUCUACAGAACUUGCUAUUGGACAAAAGGUCCUCAAGAUCAAUGGACAAGACUGCCCCGCUGCCCUUGCCGAUGCCAUUGACAUGUUAAAGAGUGCUGAGAGCUCUUUGGUUGUUGAGGUUGGACCCAAUGAUGAGGUCGCCAAGCAAUUUAAGGAAAUGGGACAGAUCGAAACGGUACAGAACGACUUGAUUGUCAAGAAACCCGAAAUGACUGAAAUUGCCGUUGAUGGAUACGCCGACUCCUGUGGAUUCUUCUGGUCGCUUCAAAACGGUCUCUGCGCCUUGCAAGAUCUUGAUGUCAAGGCUAUCGAGCAAGAAGAACCUGUCGAAGAGGCUCCGAAGGAAGUGGAGGAAGUCAAGCCAGAAAUCGAAGACAAGGCGUUGGCCGACGAGGAAGAGGAGGAAGCUCCUCAGGAAAAGAAGAAAAAGAGCCUUUUGAAGAAGCCAUCUCUUCCUUCUCUCAAACUGAGAAAGAAUAAGAGCAAGAAGGCCGUCAAAGAACCAGAUCUCAAGGCAGAACAACCUGUCGAAGAAGCUCCAAAAGAAGCGGAAGAAACCCCUAAGGUAGAGCUGGAAGCCAAAGCCGAAGAAGCCCCCAAGAAAGAGGAGAACUCAGAGCAAUUGACCGAAGACAAGCCAUUGACCAAAGGGGAAGCCCCCAAGGAAGCCCCCAAGGUAGAGGAGGAAUCAAAGCCUGAGUCUGAAGGCGAGGCACUGGCCGAAGAGGAAGCCCCCAAGAUAGAAGAGGAAAUCAAGCCUGAGACCGAAGCCAAGGCAGUACCUGAAGAGGAAGCUCCAAAGGAAAAGAAGAAGAAGACGAGACGAUUCAAGGCUCCUUCAAUGCCUUCCAUCAAGCUCAGAAAGAACAAGAGCAAGAAGGUCGUCGAAGAACCUGCUCCUGUUGAGACCGUUACCGGAGAAGAUGGUAUGAUGACCAUCAAGUUCGCCAAGGACUCUCUUGAUGAAUCUGUUGGUCUUGCCCUCCGAAACUCCGUUUUGAACGAUAAUAUUUACGUCUACGGAAUCUUUGAAGGAAGCAAGCUGAAGUCUUCGGGACUAGGCGAGGACAUGCGAGUGCACAGCAUCAAUGGAGAAUCCUUCUCCAAUGUGGAAAAGGCCGUCAAGCUUAUCAAGGAAGCUUCUGAAUUGGAAAUUGUCGCUGGACCCAACGACGAACCAGAAGAAACAGAUGAAGAAGAUGAUGAAGAAACAGAAGGAACAGUAGAGGAAGAGCCUCAACAAGCCUCUAGAGGUUGGUUCUGGUAA